UAUGCCGUUAUUGGUGAUUUUUUUUCUAAAACAUUGAUUUUCAUUUUGCAAUUCAAAAAUUGAUUCAUACAAAGAUUCUCUGUAAUUUAUAAAAUUCUAAUAAUGAAUUAAUGAGAAUUUGUUUUAAGUUUAUUGGUUAUUUGCCUGAAAUAGUAUGUGAAACAUUCUUACGCAAGGAUUUUAAUUUUCGCAAAGAUGGUUACCUCGUCUGAGCUGUUGGAUGAGAUCGCUCUUGAAGGGCUCGAUGGGAUCACCAUUGAGGCCCUUUGGGUGCGUCUACAGCUACGGAAGGGCUUCCUCCUUACUCCGAAAGAUGACCAUGCCAAGGCCUACAUUUGGAAUUUUGUUAGGCGACUGAGAAACGUUGACUUUUACCAACUACAGGAACCUAGACAGCCUCUUGUUGUUUUCGACAGAUGGAGUAACGUGGAAGACGACCUGGGUUUAGUGAUGGACCCCAACCCUAUACCCGUUGACAUCUACCCACACUGCCUCAUCUCCGACAGUGUCAACAAGAUCCAAGGCUCCUGCUCUUCAUACUACACUCGUCAAAAGAUCACCAACACAAUCCGUAAGCGUCAACUGCCAGAAAUCCUUGAAAAGUACGGACCAGAAUCCAUAGUAAUUGUAGCCAAUCAAUACGCUAGACGAACGGCUCUCAUGGGUACACACCAGAACCCCCAUUUGGAGCUGACUGACUUCAUGUACUGUUUUUUGGAACGAGUAGGUAGAUCUAGAUAUCAUGGGGAAACCACACAGGGUAAAAUGGGUCUGCAAGUGAUGGGUGUAGACUCUAAGAUGCUGUUUUAUUUCAGGAAGUUUCUGUUGAAACAUAAGUUGAUCACUGCUCAGCUGUUUCAUAUGAGGAACAGUAAUGUGAGUGUUGCCGGUAAGUUGAUACAUUUGCCCAGGUUUUAUCAUCUGGUGAAACCCAAGUUUGUAGUGUUGACUGAGAGUAUUGUAGAGUUUCUAGCUACACAACCGAACUACCUGUGUGAGGUGAAUAAGUUGAAAGAAGUGUUGGGGAUCACGUGUACUUUGCGCAAACUCACCAAAAUGCCCGAGUUUCAGAAAUAUGUGAGAUCAGAUCCGAAGGUUUUGUAUCGUAGCGUCUAUCCGAACGCGGCAGAGAAGGAUUGGAGACAAAAGAGAGACGAAAGUAAAGAGAAACGGAUACAUGUUUUGUAUCUUGUCGACCCCUCGUUCGACAGGAAAGAGUUCCGGAGGAAAAUGGAGGGCAAUGAGGAUGAGGAAGAGGAGGAAGAGGAUGGGCAUGAUCAGGGGUUUUUGGAUCAGUCGUUGCGUGUCUUUGACCGCCCCAUCGUGUUGCAGGUGUGGAAAAUUUUGGAAAACGCCGGACCCAACGGGAUGUCAGCUACCGAGCUGACUAGAGCGACCGGUUUGGGGAAACUGCACAUGCGCAUGAUUGUGAAACAGAUGGAGAAAAGCAAGAUUUGCGGAUCGUUUAUGGCCGAUGUUUCGAGGCAACGGGUGAGACGGUAUGUGGUUAACAGUGGUAACAGAAUGGAUGGAAUUGCGGCACAGUUUAACACUGAAGAGUUGAAGUUGAACUAUCUGAAAAACACUGAAAACAAGUUGAAAGAUGGAGAAAAUAGUGCUGGUGAAGGUUGUUCGACUAAACUGGUUGAAUCAACGUCAACGUUUGUUCCUUCGGAUUCAACUGUGAAACUUGUGAGAACAAUCAAAAUUGAACCAGUUGCAUCAACGUCAAAGUUUGUUCCUCCGGAUUCAACUAACAAACUAAUGAGUAUUAACAGAAUUGAACCAGUUGCAUCAACGUCAACGUUUGUUCCUCCGGGUUCAACUGAGAAACUAAUGAGUAUUAACAGAAUUGAACCAGUUGCAUCAACGUCAACGUUUGUUCCUCCGGAUUCAACUAAGAAACAAAUAGGCGUCAACAAAGUUGAAUCAACGUCAACUUCAGAUUUAACUAGAACAGUAACAGGUGUUGUAGAAGUUGAAGCAAAUCAAUCAACCUCAACAUAUGGUAUUCCAGAUUCAACUAGAACAGUGAAGAAGUUGACGCACAUGAAUCAACUUCAACGUACAUUCUUCCAGAUGUUUAUUGUAAUGAAAACGGCGGUGAAAUUAGUGUUUCUACAGUACAAGCAGUAAAUUGAUCAACUAGAUGAAACUAUGGAAGUAGUUGAAGAGCGUAUUGGAGGAGAGGUGGGGGUUGAAGGAAGAAUGGUUGUGGAAGAGGGAAAGAAGAGGGAGGGGAGAGAAAAUGGUGGUGAAAAAGGAGGGGAAGUAGAGGAGGUGAUAACAGAGGAAGGAGGAGAAGUGUGUGGAGGAGAAAAAGUUGUUUUAAAGGAAUUGAGAGGUGGGAAAGCGGUGAAGAGAUCGAUGGGUGGGGAGAGAGAGAUUGGAGAUUCGGUGCCUAAAAAAUUGAAGGUGAAAACUGUUGAGGAUCUGAACAGUGUGGAGGAAAUUGUUGAAGAAACUUCAGUAUCUCAACCCAUGGAUGUUAGUAUGGAGUCGAGUUCAGAUCUAAGUAACAAGACAACUGAUCUAGAGGAGCCCAGUGUAAGUGGUGAAGAUCGCAAGAUUGAGAUCAGUAUCGAGAUCACAGACGACCUGAUCUGGUUGAGAGAUCGCGGAAAAUUCAACAGAGACGAAGGACACAAAACAGUCAGAACGCUGAAACGUUGGAACUGGAUUCUGGAAACCAUUCAAGCCCACAAGGUGGUCAGCAAUGUGACCAACAUUCUGACACUCAUCAACGAUCAUGAACGAUCGGAGGGACACAGCGGCCGAAUCGACCGGAAGUCUCUGUUCAGAAUUUUGUACAGGAUGGCUGUGGAUAGGUUGAUAAAAGUUUACAAAGUUUAUUUGAGAUCUGGGGACACUGUGCAGGAGAUGAACUUCUUUUGUAACCCUUCAGUAACCCCUAACGAUCCCAUGAUCACGUUUGCGAUUGAUCUAGCGAAGCUGAAGUUCACAUCCAAAGUUAAACUACAACAUGACAACGCUGCAAAACAGGAGAGUAAAACUGUUGCUAAGGAAGAUGUGGUCUUAAAGAAUAAGUUUGAUUUCAGUGAGGAACACAAGUCAAACCUGGAUGUCCCGAAGUUCAUGAGGAUGAGGUACCUUCACAUGUUCAUGUAUUAUUUAGUGUACGGCUAUGAGGGGGACGUAGAUUUGGACCAGAAGGAAGCAGCUCAACAGAUUAGAGCCUCACAAGGUUUUGAAAUCGACGAUUUGGAAUCGUUGUCGUUCAUCUAUGUGCCGAACGCUAGUUGGAAAAUGUUUGUGCCUCCCCUCCCUCAACACCGCGAAUACAAAGAUGGUUGGGCAUUGUUGGCCGAUAUCAUACUCCGUCUACCGUUAUCCAUGUUUAUGAAUCUGGUACGACUCCCCUACAUCGUACCCAACCUCGAACUAUACUUGGACCACCCUGUAAAGCGUCACAUACUAGUCAAAGAUCUCCCAGUGCAGAUUAGGAAUUCUUUGAUAUACAAGCGGAAGUAUGUGUUCAGUAUUUUUGAGGUGGUGAAACGACUAGCCUACAUUGGGUUAGUUCAGCUGGGGCCUCAGAACCUCAAAGAAAAGGAUCACGUUUAUCUGUAUCUAAACAAAAAUGGGUUGUUGUUGGAUACGAAAAUCUCUCGCCCUGGCUAUCACAAAGUCUCCGAAGAUAUCACCUACGAUGAGAUCAGGUAUUACUUUGAGGAAAUUGUUGAAGUGGAACGGUACUGGUUGGAUAUGUGGAAGAUAUGUAUGCACACAAAGUUGGGAAAUCGUUCUUGUGUGGUUGGCACAGAUUUGAUAUUAGAAAAUAUCCAGGAUAAGCCAGAUAUGGUCAGUAUUUUGUUGGCGAAAACCAGGGAAGAGGUAGUGGAGAAAGAUGUGGGGUACCUCCCGGGGGACAAGUUGGGAGCAGCCGGGUUUGAUUCGGCGUUAUUUUCACAUCUGAAACGAAACUGGGCGUUUAAGCCGUUCCCCAAAACAAGGUUGAAACCCGUGUUGACGAUUCCUGAUAAACCCGACCAAAAACUGAGGAAACCGUUCAAGUUUGCCGAAGGCAGAAAUCAGAUGGUGUACUCAUUGCUGGCGAAGCGGAGGAAGAAUGUAGUGGUGUCCACUAGGAAACCGGUCACCACUAGUAAGAGUAAUGCAGUUAAUAGGAAACCGGUUGCCACCACAGUUAACAGGAAACAGGUUACCAAGAUUAGUACCGUUAACAGGAAACAGGUAUUGUCGCACAAACCACGAGUGACGGUGCGCCAUGUGAAACCGCGACCUGUGAAGCAACGUCGCCCGUUCUACGAUCAAAUCGAUCGUGAAGCGUUGAAACGUAUGAACAAGUUGAGAGUCGAUUGGUCGAAAGCUGAAGAUAAGCUGUUACUUCUAUGUAAAGUUGUGCAAUCAAUGAUAUCACCCCAGAUAAAAUCGGGGAUACUAGGUAACAUGUACAUAUCGUUCCGCGAAAUCCUCCACAAAACGUUCCCGAACUCGAGGAACAAAACGUCGCGCGCAUGUCAGAGACGCAUCAACUACAUGCUGCGUUCCCAGAGCACCUGUCAUAGUUUGAAUCUGUGCAUAGAAGAGCUACGUCACGAUCCCCACAUCAUGGAAACCUACGGGGAUUUGUUUGAGAAACUGAAAACCAAGUACGAGAACAAACAUGGGGUGAUCGAAAACAAAGCGAAAUUGGUCGCUGAGUGGAACAUGCACUUCAAAGAUUUGUUCGAAAUUCUCGCGAAACGAUUUGAAGAUUUCUCGAUAAUGUCCUUGUCAAGUGAGACACUAACCAUUCCUGACACCAUUGAAGAGUUCUAUGCAAACUACAACGUGAUUGAACCUACAAAGAAAGUGAAAACCAAACAUGGAUUCAACCCUGUGGAAAAUGUGAACGACAUAUAUAGUUCCGUGAUAAACUCAACAAUCCAUAGCGCACUCUGUUCUACCUCGGAUAAAACCUCAUGGUCCUACCAUCUCUUCAGUAUCUACCAACAGUAUCCCGAGCGGCUUCUCCGGUCCGCACUGGCGAAAAUGAGGACCAGUCAGAUGGUGUCGUUGAAACGAGCGUGGUCUCGCACUAAAAUGCGGUCGGGCAACUAUCUCCCUCUAACAGCCUCGCCGUACCGUCUCUCCAUCUCCUACAUCAACCUGAUGACGGCUAAAUACACAUCUGAUAUUUUCCCUGAAAGUUACGAGCUUCUAAAAUCGAUUGUGCAAUCUGGAAGGUUGGACUUGCAAGUUACUAGUGGUGGCAUAGCGGCGGGGGUAGUGAGGCUGCUAACUGAUGGAUGGGUUGAUUUCCAAAUCGGGAUUCCAGAUCAGGUGAUUGUGCUGAAUCCUAACAUCCAGGAGAAAGAUGAGGCGUACACGCGCUUAAUGAACCGAUACCAGGAGAUUUUGUCCAGCUACAAGCAGCAAAUACUGACCACGUCAUGUUUGUUUCAGAAAGAAAACUACCCAGCUAUUGAAGAUGGAAAGAUUACGGAGGAAGACAGCAAGGAAUCUUCAAACAACAACACAAUCGCAAGAACGGCUAGUAGGUUAGCCUUGUUCCUAGUGAAAGAUUCAGAAGAGACAGAUGAUAUGGUGCCUCUAGAUAUCCAACAUGUCCACGAUUUUUUCGUGGUGAAUUCUUGCACAGUUGUGUCAAACCUACGAUCAAAUCUAACCGAAGAUCAGUUGAGAAUGGUUACUGACAUGCGAGAUGUACAUACCUUCCAGAAACAACUGAGAGAAACCGUGGUUUACCCAGCUAACCUGAAUGUAAACGAGGUUUUGAACGAGAAUUUCACCGGGGACAGACUUGAUAGAGCUGUAAAACUGUUGGAGUCGGCUAAAUCAGAAGGUAAUCUAGGGUUGAAGUGUGGGAAGAUCGUGGAAGAGUUCGGGAAUGACUGGGAAGUGAAAGAGAUUCUGGAUGAACUUUGUAGGUUGAAGUUGUUAGUGUGUACAGGGUUGGUGAGUACUACCUAUGUACAUCACCAACAUGCCAGACCGUGGUUGGUGCAUACAUACUCCAACAAACGGAAAAGAGAAAGAUAUAGAAAGAGAAACAAGAGUGUCGAUGAUGUGAUGGAAGUUGAUUGUGAGAGGAUGAUGGGAGGAGAGGAAGGAAUGGAAGGAGAGAAAGAAAUAGAAGAGGAGAAAGGAAUAGAAGAGGAGAAUAUAGAUGGAAAUUCUCUUAGAGAAAGUGUACUAGCAGAAGAGGAGAUGUGUAUUACUCUGAGAAAGAAGGAAAAAAUAAGAUUGGAGGAAACUGAAUCUGUAAUCAGUUCUAGAAAGGAAGGAUUUACAGGAGGCAAAGAACACUGUGAUACGUUUCAAGGUUCUUCUGUGGAAGGUAUUCAAGGAUUAAAACAGGGUAAUGUCGCAGAAAAAGGUUCUUGUGUGAAAAUUAAUCAACAACUGAAGCAAACCAAUUUUACAGGAGAAAAGAGAUUAUUUUCUUUUGUGAAACGUGAUCAAAAACUGAAACAAACUAACUCAGAUAAAGGUUUGUUUAUGGACCGAUUCAAAGUUGUAAAUUAUGGUGCAAGCACUUCUAAAAAUGUCGUAUGUCUGCCAGAAGAUGAAAAUAUGGAGGAGAAACGUUUCAAAGAAGUAAAUUAUGGUGCGAGUACUUCUAAAGAUGUAGUAUGUCUUUCAGAAGAAGAUGAAGAUAUGAAGGAGAAACGUUUCAAAGAAGUAAAUUAUGGUGCAAGUACUUCUAAAGAUGUAGUAUGUCUUUCAGAAGAAGAUGAAAAUAUGGAGGAGAAACGUUUCAAAAAAGUAGAUUAUGUUGCAAGUACUUCUAGAGAUGUCGUAUGUCUUUCAGAAGAAGAUGAAGAUAUGAAGGAGAAACGUUUCAAAGAAGUAAAUUAUGGUGCAAGUACUUCUAAAGAUGUAGUAUGUCUUUCAGAAGAAGAUGAAGAUAUGGAGGAGAAACGUUUCAAAGAAGUAGAUUAUGUUACAAGUACUUCCAAAGAUGUGGCAUGUCUGUCAGAAGAAGAUGAAAAUAUGAAGGACGAAAUGAAGAACUGGGAGAGUGGAGAAGAACGGGAUCAUAGUGACAAUGAAACCGGGAUUUCUAGUUGUGAUAAAAGUGCACGAUUUGAUAAAAAUGGUGGGGUAACGGCAAAGUCAAGCUCUUCGGAGAACCCAGUUUUGAACGAACCCGCCAAAAGUGGAAAGGACACAGACCUUAGAAACCUCUCGCAACCGAUCAAGGUGCUUAUACGUCCUUGGAUCAGAGUUGACGGCACAAUAAACCGCAGAAGCUUGGACCACUUUUUGUCCACGGUUCUAAGCCAUAUCAUGCAGCAUCCUUUAUCCACAUUAUCUGAACUUCAGAACAGAUUUUUGCCAGCUUUACAGCCUCAACACACUAGAGAACUCGCAGAGUUCUUGGAGAAACUGAAGUGUGUAGAGAGUUUUGUGUGUGUAAAAUCUGGGAAACCGAGUUUGUUUUCUAAGCCGUGUCAAGUGGUUGUCAAGAGAGCGACUGGUCUGGAGGCACCCUCUGAAAUACGGCUUGAAGCUAAUAAGGACGCCAUUGUUAAUUUGGGGAAGUUGAUUAGUACUAAAAAGUACGACGAAGGGCUUCUUACACUUCUAGUCGAUAAGUAAACGUCUUGUUGUCAUUAAAAUUAGAUUUUGAUUAUAAAAUACCACUCUUGUAAUACUAAGAUUAUUAAGACCCGGUUGCUCAACAACCGGUUAAAUUUUAACCGUGAUUAAUUCCACGAGAACCAAUCAGAGAAGCCGUCUUUUCAAAAACGCCUUCUCUG